AUGGAACCAGACGUGCUUCGAGGUGUGUUUGCACCGCUGGCCAGAAUUGCACAACUCCAUGAACGAAAUGUUCAACUAAGCAAAGACAUCGAUGACCUUCACACCCAGCUUUUGAGAGAGAUUGCCAGGCAGGGAGUCGUCCUCCCAUCCACACCCAUAACAUACCCCGAACCAAAGUCACGAGUCCAAGACCUCAAGCGGAUUAUCAAGUACCUUAACAAAAAGAGCCCAGCCUGGCGUAUCCAAAUACUACGGAGACGAACCCGUCUCCAAUAUGAAGAAGAACCAACUGACUCCGACGAAGAAAUGGAAUAUGAGCCAGAAUCUUCUGCCUAUGAAACUGAAAUCGACGAAGAGAUAAUUCCCAGUGAAGACCAAAAGGUGGUCAAGAAAGUUACGCAUGAAAUUAUGCAUGGAGGCGAUAUCGUUGAUGAUGUAGCAGCCAUCCUGUACGCUGAGGAAAAGGGGGUAUAUGAUUUCCCAGCGUUCAAAGCCGACACUGCUAGAACUUAUGGCAUCACUUUUGACUCAGCCAUGGAAAUCGUGAAGAGUGGCCCGAUAGAGCUUCUUACAACUUUUGAUAUCCUUGCUUCUGUUCGUGAGUACCCUGCUUGGAGGAACAGAGGAGCACGGGAAUGUAAAGUUGCCAUUGAGCGUAUGGCGAUGAAUAUCAUUCAGACAGCGCUGGUUAUGCCAGAUACAUACCGAGCGGCAUUGUUUGGCCCAGAUGGAGUCUUAGAAAGCACAUAUCAUCGCAUGCAGGAUAUGUACCUGGAUAGGAUUAUAGGGAUCCGGAAGUAA